UCAUCCCACGAGGCUGAGGCUCCUCUCCCGCAUUUCCUCCCGGCAGGAGCAAGGAGCAAACCCCGCACGAGCCCAGGGUGAUUGCAGGGGCUGUGCUCUGCCCGGGGGUGCCCUGUCCCCGUCUCCACCUUCCCGUGCCAUCCCGGGCUCCCUGUCCCCAAGAGCCGUCCCACGUCGGGCACUCCGUGGCGCUGGGUGUCCCUGGGCGCUGUCCCGGGGGUCUCGGGGUGCCCGGCCGGCUCUGGGAGCGCCGAGGAUGGCUCAGGGAGCCCCGGGCAGGGCGCGGUGGAUGCCAGCGGCCGGCGGCAAGGGCGGCGGGAGGAGGAGGAGGAGAGGAGGAGGAGGAGGAGAGGAGGAGGCUGGUGCCAGGGCUGCGCGUGUGUUUAGCUUGGUGGCUUCCUGGCUGGCAGGCUGCUGGCGGCGAGAAAUAACUGAGUGGGAGAGUGUUGGCUGCGCCGCGGGGAGACGGGGACACGGCACGGCACGGGGCACGGCGUGGCACGGGGCACCUCACCGGGCACGGCCCGGCGCGGCUGCGGGAGGCAGGGACAGCGUCACGGAGCCAGGCCUGGACCCCGAGAACACCGGCUUCAUCGGCGUGGAGACCUUCGCCAGCCUGGUGCACAGCCAUGAGCUGCCCCUGGACCCCGCCAAGCUCGACAUGCUGGUGGCCCUGGCACAGGGCAACGACGAGGGCCAGGUCUGCUACCAGGAGCUGGUAGACCUGAUCAGCAGCAAGCGCUCCAGCAGCUUCAAGCGCGCCAUCGCCAACGGGCAGCGGGCGCUGCCCCGCGACGUGCUGCUGGACGAGACCGGCCUCGGCAUCUACAAACGCUUCGUCCGCUACGUGGCCUACGAGAUCCUGCCCUGCGAGAUGGACCGGCGCUGGUACUUCUACCAGCACCGCACCUGCCCGCCCCCCGUGUUCAUGGCAGCCGUGACCCUCACCCAGAUCAUCGUGUUCCUGUGCUACGGCGCCCGGCUGAACAAGUGGGUGCUGCAGACCUACCACCCCGAGUACAUGAAGAGCCCCCUGGUCUACCACCCCGGGCACCGGGCACGCGCCUGGCGCUUCCUCACCUACAUGUUCAUGCACGUGGGGCUGGAGCAGCUGGGGUUCAACGCCCUGCUGCAGCUGAUGAUCGGGGUGCCCCUGGAGAUGGUGCACGGCAUCCUGCGCAUCAGCUUCCUCUACCUGGCCGGGGUCCUGGCAGGCUCCCUCACCGUCUCCAUCACGGACAUGAGGGCCCCCCUGGUGGGGGGCUCGGGGGGGGUCUACGCCCUCUGCUCUGCUCACCUCGCCAACGUCGUCAUGAACUGGGCCGGGAUGCGCUGUCCCUACAAGCUGCUGCGGAUGGUUCUGGCGCUGGUGUGCAUGAGCUCCGAGGUCGGUCGCGCCGUCUGGCUCCGCUUCUCGCCGCCGCUGCCGGCCUCGGGCCCGCAGCCCAGCUUCAUGGCGCACCUGGCGGGGGCCAUCGUGGGCAUCAGCAUGGGGCUGACCAUCCUGCGCAGCUACGAGGAGAGCCUGCAGGACCAGUGCGGCUGGUGGGUGCUGCUGCUGUCCUACGGCACCUUCCUGCUCUUCGCCGUCUUCUGGAACAUCUUCGCCUACGACCUGCUGGGGGCACAGAUCCCGCCCCCGCCGUAG